UAAAGUAUAGUUGAGAGAGUGAGGAGCGGCAGGGCGGGGAGACAGUGUGUCCUGCUCUUCACGUUAAACAGCGAAAGUUAUCACGAGAAUAACUGCGCAGGGUAAAUCAGUGUUCCUUAAGACGUUACUUGUCAUUCUUCAUACUCAAACACAACUGCAAUGUCGAAAUGGGUGGAAAAGAAAGUAAACCUCUCUCCCUCUCCUAUGAAGAAGCAAUAAAAAGAGUCAGCGACGCUGAGUUCACUCGCUUGAAAGAUGCCUACAAAAGAACUGCAACACUCAAUGGAGCCAUCACCAAGCAGGCUUUCAUCAGGGAAGUUCUGGGAGAAGGAGUUCCUCUACAACUGGCAGAGCUCAUAUUUUUGGCGUGUGGGGGAACAGCGAAGGGUAUUACGUUUAAAGACCUCUUGUGCAGCCUGGUAUUGUUGACACGUGGCAAUAGAGAAGAAAAGAUAAGAUUCAUUUUUGGGGUGUAUGCCAGUGAAACCGGGACUCAUGUCAUACGGAGUGAGAUGCUCCGGCAGCUGCAGGCCACGGAGGGUGGAUAUAUACCGGAGAUCCUACACAAGUGUUUUGGCCAAAGUGAGCGUAUUACUUAUGAAGAAUUUAAAGAAUGGCUGCUGGUACACCCUGAUGCUACGACAGUGACUCGUUGGCUGUUGGCUGAGCCAUGUCAUGUGUCACUCUCAAAUGACCUGGAAACUCCUACCUUCUACCAGACUCUUGCUGGUGUUACACAUUUGGAAGAGACAGACAUCUUGGAAUUAGAGAAGCGAUACUGGUAUUUGAAGGGUUCUUCACCAACAGGCAAGCUUGACCCAGACACACUUGUUCCCAUGAUUUCUCCACCACUUCCUCCAAUGUUAGCAAAAGGAGUGUUUAAUGCAUUUGAUGAAAAUAGAGACAAUCAUAUCGACUUCAAGGAAAUGGCAUGUGGAAUUUCUGCUGCCUGUCGGGGACCUCAGACAGAACGCCAAAAAUUCUGUUUCAAAAUAUUUGAUCGGGAUAGAGAUGGGCGUCUCUCCAAAGAUGAACUGACGGCCAUGGUGCAAGCCCUUUUGCUUCUGCGAGAUGAAGAACAGGAGGAAGGUAGUGACGAUGUGUGUUUGGGUGUUUCCCCAGACUGCGUCCAGAGACUAGUAAGAGAGUUGUUAGAAAACCACGAUCCAAACAACUCAGGCUUUGUCACCCAAGAAGAAUAUCUUAUGUGGACGCUACACAAUCCACUUUCCACAGCAUUACUUGAUAUUAUAUUCCAGGUGUGCCAUAUUGUACUUGGUUUGAAGCCCAGCACUCGUGCGGAAGAAGGAGAAAUUGUGUUAGGGUGGCUAAGGAGGGCAGAGACCAAGACACUUACUAUUGGCCAAUUUUGGUAUAUCAUUAAUAUGGAAUGGUGGAAUCUGUGGCUUGAUUAUGUUAAUCACCAAACACCUGGAUCAGACAGCAGCUCCCUUAGUCCAUCAUCACAUAGCAGCUCUCCUGCCAGUUCUCAGUGUGGCUCUCUCAAGCGUACCAAACUUCAGAAGAAGUCUGCUAACUCUGAGGGAACUGUUGCCUCUGAUGCUAACAGUAGUGUGCUAGUGACCAGUAUAGCCAGCUUAGGUGGUGCAGACUCAAUUUCUUUAACAAGCCUAGAGAGUGAUGGAUCUUGCCGCUUAGAUCAAUCAGGGUCUCGUCAGGGAACACUUCAACGUCACGGGCAUUCUGCAUCCAGCCCUCGUAAAAAUUUCAGUUCAAGCAAUCUUUCAGUUUAUAAUUAUGAAGCAAACAGAUGCAGUAGUACAUCAAGUCCAAGUCACUCCCCGCGUCUAACUCGUCGGGCAGCCACCAGUCCAGGACCACUGUUGGUCCCUUCACGACCUCCUGCUAUUGAUAAUUCUCCAUUAGUUGAGCCAAACACAUCAAAAGUAAUGCUCUUAACUGGUGAGGGUGGGCGGUUGAAACGAAAUGUACCUCUUGUUCAAGGCCGUGACUUUGUAUUAGUGCCUGAUACCCUCUGGAAAGCCCUUCAGCAGUGGUAUGGGGGAGCUCCUGCCCUUCCAAGACAGGUUAUUCAUGGACGUUCAAGUGGAGAAGUGGAAUUAGAAUUGUAUCCAGUUACUCUCCGGCUGUUCCGACACGUCCAACAGCAAACCAGAACUCCAAAUAAUUCCUGGGUGGGCGUUGUAGGUGGCUACGGGGCUGCAGCCCUUAAUUCGGCACCAUAUUAUGUGACAUCCUUACCAAACUCCACAACAACUCCUCCAAAAAGAUACCUAGCAUACCUUGCAGCCUUUAGUCGUUUGGCAACCUUACGGCAGGUAUAUGAUUACUUGGCUACAAAGUUAAGAUUACGCAUUGAGGAUAUAAGGCUGUGGUAUGUAAGAGAUGAGCCUGCUGGGAUGAUUCUGCUGGAGGAGGAAGACGCGACCUUGGAGGAGGUGGGCGUGGUAGACCUUGCACAGAUAUUAAUUGAAGUCAGAAAUAAAGAUCUGACAUGGCCAGAAGAGAUGAGUCAGAUUGCUUCUACCAGACUUAUACGUACACAGUCCAGUCAGGGUGUCAAAGAGAAAGGAGUAACAGGGCUCAAUAACCUUGGCAACACAUGUUUCCUUAAUGCAGCUCUUCAAUGCUGCUCUAACACUCACCCCCUCACCACUUACUUCAUCAAUAAUAUGCACCUUUAUGAGCUAAAUCCUGAUAAUCCAUGUGGAAUGAAGGGCCAUAUGGCACGGCAGUAUGGAAAUCUGAUGCAAGAGCUGUGGGGUGGUGGUGCUAGAACUGUGGCUCCACUGAAAUUAAGGUGGACCAUAGGGAAAUACAGUGGCAACUUCACUGGGUUUCAACAACACGACUCCCAGGAGCUGCUUGCCUUUCUCCUUGAUGGUUUACAUGAGGACCUAAACCGAGUUCACAACAAGCCAUAUAUUGAACUCAAGGAUUCAGAAGGUCGCCCUGAUACACUUGUUGCACAGGAGGCAUGGGAGAAUCAUAUCCUUCGAAAUAAGUCAAUAAUUGUGGACCUCUUUCAUGGCCAGUUGAAGAGUAAAGUUACUUGUCGGGUAUGCAGUAAUGAAAGUGCGAGAUUUGACCCAUUUACAUACCUAACAUUGCAGCUGCCAAUGGAAAGUUUUGUAUAUUUGGAGGUUAUAGUUGUUAAACUUGAUGGUAGUGUUCCUGUUAAGUAUGGACUGCGGUUGAACAGCGACAGUCGCUACUAUGAUGUGAAGCAGCACCUUCACAUUCUUACCAGUAUACCCCCACAUCAGAUAAUGCUCAGUGAACUGGCCAAUGCUCAGAUCAAGUAUAUUCCUAUGGAUGAAGGACGUGUGAGGACAGUGUCUGGAAAUGCUCUGUUUGCUUAUGAAUUACCCUCACCAACUUCUUGCCAUUCAAAUGAAGUACGAUCAGCCAGCCGAAGUGCCCGAGACCGGCAUGUAUUCACUCAUAUACAGCGUUCCACUCAUCAUAGUUCACCUUGCCUUAGAGAGGCAGUUGGUAGUCCUUCUCACAGCAAUGGUACAACAGAAAGUGUUAUUUCCAGUCCCAGUAGCCUUGAGUUCAACACCAGUAGAUCAAGUCUACAAUCUAGUCAUCCAUCAUCACAUCAGGAAUUGGGAAGCAAUAAGAUGAUUGAGCAUAAGGACAGCAGUAGCAGCUUGCCAUCAUCUACCUCCUCAGGACCACCAGCUUCAUCAACAAACUCAUCAAUCCAGCAUGACAAUGACCUUUAUAAUACUCAUAAAGGAUUUAUUAUUGCCUUUCAUAGGAAAAUGAUGCGGCAAGAAGUCUAUUUUCUUUCGUCACAAAAGACCAGACCAAGUUUAUUUGGGCUACCUCUUGUUGUCCCGUGCAGCACCUUUGCUACGCAUCAAGACUUGUAUCAAGGUGUGUGGACACAGGUGUCAAGAUUAGUCUCGCCACUACCUCCAACUGAAGCUGCCGGACCUAAUCAUGCUCAUGAUUGUGAUGACAGCUUGGGUUAUGAAUUUCCUUUUGUCCUACGUGUUGUGGAGCGGGAAGGGCUACAAUGUGCAUGGUGUCCUUGGUAUAGAUUUUGCAGAGGAUGUCAGUUGCCAUGUGAUGACAAUACUUUCUCACAAAAUGCUGCCUUCCUUGCAAUAGAUUGGGACCCAACUGCUCUUCAUCUACGAUAUCAGACAGCUUUAGAAAGAGUAUUUAUGGAACACAGUAGUGUUGAAGAAAUGCGUCGUAAACAUGUUGAACCUAUAGCUCUCUCAGAUUGCUUAGAAGCAUUUUGUUCCGAAGAAACUCUGGAAUAUUCUUGUGACAAAUGUGGAAAGGUCCAACAAGCAGCAAAAAAACUACAGAUAUGGAGAUUACCUCCAGUCCUAAUUGUUCACCUGAAGAGAUUCCAGUUUGUGGGUAACAAGUGGAUUAAAAGCCAGAAAAUUGUGAAUUUCCCAUUGAGAGAAUUUGAUCCCACUGAGUACCUGGCUUCUGUUCCCCGACAAACAAUCCAUCUCCAUAGAGCAGAGCUAGAGGGAGUUGACCCAGCAGUGUAUUUGGCUAAUCUUCAAGAUAAAGAUAAUAUCUUCUUAGAAGUUGUGCCAGAAAAUAAGAUCAUUGAACACAUUAAGGGCAACUUUGAUGAUGAAUUGAUAGUGAAAAAUGGAAAACCAUCAAUGAACGGAUCUGUUAACGGCAGCAUAACAAGCAGCACAACCAGUCCAUGCUCAGGCACCCCCCGUGAUGGGUCUCUUAGUAGUGGUGAGGCAGGGAAUAAAAGACGUAUAAGAAAUGGUUCAGUUUUGUAUGGGGACACACUCCAAGACUUCCAUCAGCACCGUUUAGAAGAAGGAUAUGACCCACUAGACCUCAAAUAUAGCUUGUAUGCUAUUGCAUGUCAUACAGGAAUCAUGGAAGGAGGCCAUUAUGUGUGCUAUGCCAAAAACCCACAGGGAAAGUGGAUAUGCUUCAAUGAUAGCAGCUGUAAGGAGGUGAAUGAGUCACAGAUUGAUCUCAAUUCUGCCUACAUGUUGUUUUAUCAACGUGAUGGUCUCAGCAUGGAGAAAUACAUGCCAAAUGUAGAGGGUAAGGUACCUUUCCCAAAGGAGUUGGAUGAGGAAAGUGAGGCAGAAUAUAAGAAGCAGUGCAGGAUCAUGUAGAACAAUGAGUAGAUAUAGCAGAAGUUUCAGGAGUUUUCAUAAUUUACAUUUUUAUAGUUCUUGUGGAGACAGGGUUUACUAAACACACACACACACAAACACACACACACACAUAUAUAUAUAUAUAUAUAU